AUGGCCCUAGACCAUUCUGCAGAGCAGGCUUUCCUUCACCGAAUGAUCCAAUGUGCUACAGCCAAAGUGGACAAAAAUGUCACAGAAGAGACAGUUAAGAUGUUGUUUUCAAAUAUUGAAGAUAUUCUUGCAGUUCACAAAAACUUCCUGUCCCUGGUGGAGGAGUGCUUACAGCCAGAACCUAAUGCGCAGCAUGAAGUUGGAACCUGCUUUCUUCAUUAUAAAGAGAAAUUCCGUAUCUAUGAUGAAUACUGCAGUAAUCACGAGAAGGCACAGAAAGUUCUGCUUGAUCUUAACAAAAUAAGGACAGUCCGGACGUUUCUUUUGAACUGUAUGCUCCUUGGAGGACGCAAGAACACAGAUGUACCAUUGGAGGGGUAUCUAGUAACGCCGAUACAGAGGAUAUGCAAGUAUCCCCUUCUUUUGAAGGAAUUACUGAAGCGGACUCCAAGGAAGCACAGUGACUAUGCGGCACUAAUGGAAGCCCUCCAGGCCAUGAAAGCUGUCUGUUCCAACAUAAAUGAAGCCAAGAGGCAAAUGGAAAAACUAGAGUUUUUGGAAGAAUGGCAGUCUCAUGUUGAAGGGUGGGAGGGGUCCAACAUCACAGACACGUGCACAGAAAUGCUGCGAAGUGGACUACUACUGAAAAUUUCAGCAGUUUUGGUCUACUGCAAAAAAAAGCACAGGCGGCUGAAGAACAGCAAAGCAUCUACAGAUGGCCAUCGUUACCUUUUUCGGGGCAGAAUAAACACAGAAGUGAUGGAAGUAGAGAAUGUGGAUGAUGGAACGGCUGACUAUCACAGCAGUGGCCACACUGUUAUUAAUAGCUGAAAGAUCCACAACACCGCAAAGAACAAAUGGUUUGUAUGCAUGGCAAAAACCCCUGAGGAGAAGCAAGAAUGGCUGGAAGCUAUUUUGAAAGAGCGAGAGAGAAGAAAAGGUUUAAAAUUGGGCAUGGAACAGGACACUUGGGUGAUGAUCUCUGAGCAAGGAGAAAGACUGUACAAAAUGAUGUGCAAACAAGGGAAUCUCAUCAAAGACAGGAAGAAGAAAUUGACCACUUUCCCCAAAUGCUUUCUUGGAAGUGAAUUUGUGUCCUGGUUGCUGGAAAUUGGAGAGAUACACAAAUCUGAAGAAGGUGUUCAUCUUGGUCAAGCUUUACUAGAGAAUGGCAUUAUCCAUCAUGUUACAGAUAAGCACCAGUUCAAACCUGAACACAUGCUGUACAGAUUCCGAUAUGACGAUGGAACAUACUACCCCAGAAAUGAGAUGCAGGAUGUGAUCUCUAAGGGUGUACGACUGUACUGUCGCCUUCACAGUCUGUUUACCCCAGUAAUUAGGGAUAAAGAUUAUCAUCUGAGAACCUACAAAUCUGUAGUCAUGGCUAACAAACUCAUAGACUGGUUGAUUGCCCAGGGGGAUUGCCGGACGAGGGAAGAAGCUAUGAUAUUCGGUGUAGCUCUUUGUGAUAAUGGGUUUAUGCACCAUGUGUUAGAGAAAAGCGAAUUUAAAGAUGAACCACUGCUGUUCCGUUUUUAUGCGGAUGAAGAAAUGGAAGGGUCAAAUAUGAAGCACAGACUCAUGAAACAUGAUCUGAAAGUAGUUGAAAAUGUCAUAGCCAAGUCAUUGCUGAUUAAAUCUAAUGAAUGCACUUACGGGUUUGGUUUAGAAGAUAAAAAUAAAGUGCCAAUUAUUAAAGUGGUGGAGAAAGGAUCAAAUGCUGAGAUGGCAGGCUUGGAAGUUGGGAAAAAAAUCUUUGCCAUUAACGGUGACCUGGUUUUUCUGCGACCCUUCAGUGAAGUGGAUUGUUUCUUAAAAGCAUGUUUAAACAGCAGAAAGCCCCUGCGGGUUCUUGUGAGCACUAAACCACGGGAGACAGUGAAGAUUCCUGACUCUGCAGAUGGACUCGGAUUCCAAAUCCGGGGCUUUGGCCCAUCAGUUGUUCAUGCUGUUGGGAGAGGAACGGUGGCAGCUGCAGCAGGUCUCCACCCUGGCCAAUGCAUAAUCAAAGUGAAUGGAAUUAAUGUCAGCAAAGAGACUCAUGCAAGUGUUAUCGCUCAUGUCACGGCGUGCAGGAAGUACAGGCGGCCCAUGCAGCAAGAUUCUAUACAGUGGGUUUACAACACCAUUGAAAGUGCACAGGAGGAUCUUCAGAAAACAAACACCAAGCCCUCCGGAGAUGAUGGAGGAGAUGCCUUUGACUGCAAAGUGGAAGAGGUAAUUGACAAAUUUAACACUAUGGCAAUAAUUGACGGGAAGAAAGAUCAUGUGAGUCUGACUGUUGACAACGUUCAUCUGGAGUAUGGAGUGGUUUAUGAGUAUGACAGCACAGCUGGAAUAAAGUGCCAUGUGUUAGAAAAAAUGAUUGAACCCAAGGGAUUUUUCAGCUUGACUGCAAAGAUUCUUGAAGCGUUGGCAAAAAGUGAUGAACAUUUUGUGCAGAAUUGCAACAGCCUCAAUUCCUUAAAUGAAGUGAUCCCCACUGAGCUUCAGAGUAAAUUCAGUGUCAUUUGCAGUGAGAAAAUUGAACAUAUCUACCGAAGAAUAUCUAGUUAUAAAAAGUUUUCAAGAGUAUUAAAAAACAGAGCUUGGCCUACCUUCAAACAAGCUAAGUCAAAGAUUUCACCACUUCACAGCAGUGAUUUCUGUCCAACCAACUGCCAUAUCAAUGUGAUGGAAGUGUCUUACCCUAAAACCUCAACUUCCCUCGGUAGUGCCUUUGGUGUACAGUUAGACAGCAGAAAACAUUCUUCCCAUGAAAAGGAAAAUAAGAACACUGAUCAAGGUAAACUGAAUCCCAUGAUAUAUGUCCAACAUACCAUUACUACUAUGGCUGCCCCUUCAGGACAGUCUCUGGGCCAGCAAGAGGGCCACGGUCUGAGGUACCUCUUAAAAGAAGAAGAUUUAGAAACACAAGAUGUCUAUCAAAAAUUGCUGCUCAAAUUACAGGCUGCACUGAAAGAGGUGGAAACGUGUGUCUGUCAAAUAGAUGACCUUCUUUCUUCAAUAACAUAUUCUCCCAAAUCAGAACGUAAAACGCCUGAGCCUUUAAUACCGGCAGACAGUGAUAAUGAAAAGGGGGAAAGGAAUGGGAAGAAAGUUUGUUUCAGCGUGACAGGUGAUGAACAAGAAGAUUCUGGUCAUGAUACCAUCAGCAACAGGGAUUCAUACAGCGAUUGCAACAGCAAUAGAAACUCCAUUGCCUCAUUCACCAGCAUUUGUAGCAGUCAGUGCAGUUCUUAUUUUCACAGUGAUGAAAUGGAUUCAGGUGAUGAGCUUCCCAUAAGUGUUCAAAUCUCUCAUGAUAAACAGGACAAGCUCCAUAGCUGUUUGGAACAUCUUUUUGGUCAAGUCGAUUCAAUUGUCAGUCUUCUGAAGGGACCAGCUGUGAUGAGGGCCUUUGAGCAGACAAAAUACUUUACACCAGGUCGAAGCCUCCAAGAAUUUCAGCAGAAAAUAGAACCGAAGCUUAACUGUCCGAAGAGGCUACGACUCCACAUCAAGCAAGACCCUUGGAACCUCCCCAGCAGUGUCCGGAGCCUUGCCCAGAAUAUCAGAAAAUUUGUUGAAGAGGUGAAGGCACGAAUACUCUUGGCACUUCUUGAGUAUACAGACAGCGAGAUACAACUGAGGCGAGACAUGGUCUUCUGUCAGAGCCUGGUGGCCACAGUCUGUGCUUUUUCAGAGCAACUAAUGGUGGCCUUAAAUCAAAUGUUUGACAACAACAAAGAAUAUGAAAUGGAGACGAUGGAGGCCAGCAGAAGGUGGUUGGAACAGAUAGCCAGUGCAGGUCUUCUCCUUCAUUUCCAGUCCCUGCUCUCACCUAACCUGGCUGAUGAGCAAGCCAUGCUAGAAGAUACGUUGGUUGCACUGUUUGACUUGGAAAAAGUUACUUUUUACUUUAGACAAUCAGAGCCAGAACCACUAGUUGCCAAUGUACCAAUCACAUACCAAGCAGAAGGAAGCCGGCAAACCCUGAAGGUUUACUUCUACCUGGAUAGUUACCAUUUUGAACAGCUUCCUCAAAGGCUGAAGAAUGGAGGGGGAUUUAAAAUCCACCCGGUACUUUUUUCACAAGCACUGGAGAGCAUGGAAGGAUAUUAUUACAGAGACAGUGUCUCGGUAGAAGAAUUUCAAGCUCAGAUUAACGCAGCCUCACUCGAAAAAGUCAAGCAGUAUAACCAGAAACUACGGGCAUUCUACCUGGACAAGUCAAACUUGCCUACAAAUUCAACAUCUAAAGCAGCUUAUAUAGAUAAGCUGAUGAGGCCUCUCAAUUGCUCGGAUGAACUUUACCGACUGAUAGGGUCCUUUAUCCGAUCCAAGCGCACCGCCGCCUGCGCAUACACGGCGUGCAGUGCUUCCGGAGUUGGAUUGCUUUCAGUCUCUUCCGAACUCUGUAGCAGGCUUGGAGCUUGUCACAUCAUCAUGUGCAACAGUGGAGUUCACCGCUGCACUCUGAGCGUUACCCUGGAGCAGGCGAUCAUCCUGGCUCGGAGCCACGGGCUACCUCCUCGCUAUAUCAUGCAAGCCACAGAUGUCAUGCGCAAACAGGGUGCGAGAGUACAAAACACAGGCAAGAAUUUAGGAGUGAGGGAUCGAACGCCACAGUCUGUCCCAAGAUUGUACAAGCUAUGCCAGCCACCACCAGCUGUUGGAGAAGAAUGA